GUCCCACUACUCCAAUCGCUACUUUCUAGAAGCGCACUGUCAAAAUGUAGCGACUAUUCCAUUGCGACUCCUCCCGAUAUUCAAAUGCUUCCCCACCAAGAAAUACGCGUCCUUUAUAAGCCCUUCCGUUCCUCACCCGCUUUCAAUUUCACUGGAUUCUCCGGUGAAUCAUGACCGACCAAUCUGAUCCUCAUCUUCUUUCUUCCUCGCCGCCGCCGACGCCAACGCCGACGAUCGAACUUCGCGACCUGACGGCUGUUUCUGUACUCGGGCGUGGAGCAAAGGGUGUCGUCUUCUACAUUUACGGGGCCUCCCCCGACCAUGGCCUCGCUCUCAAGGUUAUUUCAAGACCAUCCAUCGAACACAAGAGCCCCGUCUCCAUCUCCGCCGCAGGAAGCAACUCUGAAAGUGCGUAUCGUCGGAUCUACUUUGAGCGUGACGUGCUGCGCGCUCUCCAUCAUCCCCUCCUCCCCUCCCUCCGCGGCGUUGUUUCCACAGAGAAGAUUGUCGGAUUCGCCCUCGAUUACUGCCCUGGCAGCGAUCUCAACGCGCUUCGCCGGCGGCAGACGGAGAAGAUGUUCUCCGAUGGGAUCAUCCGAUUCUACGCGGCGGAAUUGGUGCUAGCACUGGAGCAUCUCCACGGGUUAGGGAUUGUGUACCGAGAUCUGAAGCCCGAGAACGUUCUGAUUCAGGAAAACGGUCACAUAAUGCUCGUCGAUUUCGACCUCUCAACCAAGCUUCCAUUCUCCAAAUCGCCGCCCGAAAUCCUCCGCCCAGAACCCGCUUCGGCUCAGAAGAAAUCGAAGAGCCGGUCUCUUUUCGGAUGCUUCUCUGGUAUUUCCAACGUCUCUCCGGAGACUCUCGACUCGGAUUACUCGCAGGAGCAAGUAAAGUCAAAUUCGUUUGUCGGAACGGAGGAUUACGUGGCCCCAGAGAUCAUCGAGGGUAAGGGUCAUGACUUCGCCGUCGACUGGUGGUGCCUUGGUGUGGUACUCUACGAGAUGCUCUACGGCCGGACGCCUUUCAGGGGGAGUAAUCGGAAAGAGACGUUCUACCGCAUCCUGACGAAGUCGCCGGAGCUCUUCGGCGAGAGGACAGCGCUUAGGGAUUUGAUCGGACGGCUUCUAGAGAAGGAUCCGGUGAAAAGAAUCAACGGCGAGGAGAUACGUCGGCAUGAGUUCUUCUUCGGAGUGGAAUGGAAGUCGGUAGCGGAAAUCGGGCGGCCACCAUUUAUUCCGGCGGGGGAUGAACGGAAGGAAUGCGGCGAGGGAUUGGACAUUGAGAAGAUUGUGGAGGAGAUUUGGUGGAGUUCACGUGAGGGAAACGGGAAGGCGGUGGAGGAAAAUUACGUGGCGGAAGCGAGGAAUGCUUCUAGAAAUGGUGACUUUGACGGCUUUUGAUUUUUGAUGAAUUUUAGGAAGUGGGACGCACUCAUUGCUCGUUAUUGGGAGAGGACUCCGAUUUUACUUGGGGUCAUGGAGCGCAGGUUUUAUCUUAACCUAUGCAUUGAAUUUGUCAUUAAAAUUGUUAAAAUAUAAUUAAAAAUAAUUGAAAUGUACAUUUAAAUGUGAGUUCACUUGUGUAUUUAUUUUUUGUUUAUUAUUAUUAUUAGCAUGUGCCGUUGCAUACAUAAUAAAUAU